AUGACAAGUUCAGCAACAGAGCAAGAUUGGCGAGAGCCGAAGUUUGCGCAAUACUUGCGACACCACGUGCUGGAUGUGGCAGUGGAUGGAACUAUCAGACCUCCAUGGCAGAGCGGGUUUGGUUGUGUCCCACCUGGCCUCACCACCUAUGCCCCGAAUUCGCUCGAAAGGCAAGAGACGCUAGAUCCUGCAGCGUUGAUGGUCGAAUGUUGUGCAGUACUGCGGUCCAGCUUGCUGGCUGGGCCGGCUGGCGGAGCCAGGGGAGAUGUGUUGGAAGAUGGGGACGUUGAGUCCGGCACAACUUUGAAGCGAUUAGACUUGCAAUCCAUAAUGCGUCACUUCAGAAAGAAAGAUGCAGCCGGCACUUUCGCAGCAUCUGUUUGUUCCUUGGCUUUAUCUGAUGGCACUUCUGUCCGCAUGGUCUAUGUCAUUCCGAAGUACAUUUUGUCGUGGACCACGGAGAGGCGACCAGACACAGAUGCGGUUCUUGCGCUGAGUUUGGCGCAGUCUGUUGAGGACGUGCAGGCCGCCUGCGCGGCUCCGGAGACUGGUACCAUCAAGAUCGCGUGUGACCAAGAAGAGAGGGAAGAGACCGCAGAACCGCUAAAAUCAAUGCUGAAACCACCGCAGCUUGCGGCCUCUUCCACGGGUGUGGCCCCUUCCCAGGAAGCAGAGAUGCCUUUGUUGGAUUGUCAGUCCAUGGUCCCGGGCUCUCUUCGUGACAAGAAACAGAAGCCAGUCCUGGAGUCAUGCAGCCAAGACAUGGAAAAAAAUUGCCUGGCUUCCACCGUGUCUGGUCUGCGAUGCUCCAAACGCCGCUGCGCAGGACAUUUUUGUACCGUGCAUGCUAAACUUGCGGCUUCAGAGGCUUCCAGUGAUAACCUCUUCGAUUCUGUUGAAUCUCCUGCCCAGAAGGCUCUGCGGCAAUGGGAAGAGUCGCGACUUCAAUUGGCGAUUCGUUCGUCUUUGGAGGAAAAUGAAGAGGUCCUCGCGGAAAUCCGGAGAAGCAAUGACUUGAUUGAUCGACGCCUUCAGCGACAAGGGCGCCAACGUCUUGUGGUGCAGGGAGAUGGGAACUGCCAGUUUGCCGCCGUCUUGGCAUCGGCGCAGCUUGACAUGACAGUGGGCCAACUGCGUGAGCGCGUGGUGGCUUACCUGGCUCCGUUGGGACAGAAAUUCCGAGAAAAACUAGAAGAACGUUUUCAAGGAAAGUGGAGCCUCUACCUCCAACAUAUUUCUAAAGAUGGAAGUUGGGGCGACCCCCUCAAUUGUGGUCAUCACAGACAGCGUUGA